UGUGCUUCUCCUUAUUAUUUACCGAACGAACAGGCGUCCUCCGGUAGUUGUACGCAUGCGCAAAGCGGCAACAGCGCACGCAGCGGAGCGUUCUGAGUAGGACUGACAGCUUCAGAACCGUGGCAGGUCUUCAGAAGAUGGAACCAUUAGCAGGACUCCAGAACCACCGCCACCCGAUUCUUUUUUGAUAUGGGAAACACCCGGCCACUUCACUCUGUAUAGGUCGUUUUUAUUUGACUUUGCAUUUUUGCAUUCGAUGUUCUAACGAACUUUAUUCAGCGACAUGGAGAUGAAGUUCAAGGGCCACCUCAAGCUCAGGAUCGGGGAAGCCGUGAACCUCAAACCAACAACCUACUCACUCCGUCACUCUGUUAUCUUCAACAAAGCACCCCCCUCGCUGGACCCCUACAUCGUGAUCAAGGUGGAUGAUUUCAAGGUGGGCCAGACGAUAACCAAGCAGAAGACCAACUCGCCGACCUACAACGAAGACUUCAGCGUGGACGUGAGCGACGGAAAGAGCGUGGAGCUGGCCGUGUUCCAUGAGACCCCCAUCGGGUACGAUGACUUCGUAGCGAACUGUUGCAUCCGGUUUGAGGAGCUGAUUGAAGCGUCCAACUCUCAGGAGAGUCUUGAGAAAUGGAUGGACCUGGAGCCGGAGGGGAAGGUGUUUGUCGUCAUAUCUCUGAUGGGGUCGUUCACUGAUGAUAAUGCGAUGAAGGAGAAGACCUUUAAGCAGUUCACCAGGAAGCGGCAGGGCGCGGUCCGCCGGCGCAUCCACCAGGUCAACGGACACAAGUUCAUGUCCACCUUCCUCCGCCAGCCCACCUUCUGCUUCCACUGCAGGGAGUUCAUCUGGGGGGUGUUUGGAAAGCAGGGCUACCAGUGCCAAGUCUGCUGGUGUGUGGUUCACAAGCGAUGUCACCUGCACGUUGUGACCGCUUGUCCGGGGAUGAAGAAGAUCAAGAAGGAGCAGUCAACGAACCAGGGCUUCAGUAUCAACGUCCCCCACAAGUUCAGCAGCCAUAGCUUCAAGGCCCCCACCUUCUGUGACCACUGUGGCUCCCUGCUGUGGGGGAUCGUCAAACAGGGCCUGCAUUGCAAGAUAUGUAAGAUGAACGUCCACAUCCGCUGUAAGGGCAACGUGGCUCCUAGCUGUGGGGUCAACAGUGUUGAGCUGGCCAAUAAGCUGGCAGAGAUGGGUCUGAAACCGGGUGGUAUCCCUCCACCCAAACCUUUGGUCCCGGGGGACCCGCCCCUGGACCCCCCGCCCGUCAUGGACGCCCAGGUGCCCCGGCAGAACAACAGGAGGCUGGGCCUCUCGGACUUCACCUUCCUGCAGGUCCUAGGGAAGGGCAGCUUCGGCAAGGUGAUGCUGGCCCGGCUGAACGGGGGCGAGCGGGUGUUCGCGGUCAAGGUGCUGAAGAAGGACAUCAUCCUGCAGGACGACGAUGUGGAGUGCACCAUGACGGAGAAGAGGGUGCUGUCCCUGGCCCGCUGUCACCCCUACCUCACCCAGCUGUACUGCUGCUUCCAGACCUUGGACCGCCUCUUCUUCGUGAUGGAGUUUGUGAAUGGAGGGGACCUCAUGUUCCACAUCCAGAAGUCCAGGAAGUUUGAGGAGGUGCGAGCUCGCUUCUACGCUGCAGAGAUCACCUCCGCCCUCAUGUUCCUGCACAGCAAGGGCAUCCUCUACAGGGACCUGAAGCUGGACAAUGUUCUUCUCGAUAAAGACGGACACUGCAAGCUGGCAGACUUUGGCAUGUGUAAGGAGGGCGUCUUUGAAGACGGAGCCACAGGCACCUUCUGCGGGACUCCAGAUUACAUUGCACCAGAGAUCCUGCAAGAGAUGCUGUAUGGGCCGUCCGUUGAUUGGUGGGCCCUUGGGGUUCUGCUGUAUGAGAUGCUGUCGGGACACGCCCCCUUUGAGGCGGAGAACGAAGACGACCUCUUUGAGGCCAUCCUGAACGAGGAGAUCGUCUACGCAUCCUGGCUCAGCAAGGAGGCCGUCAACAUCCUGAAGGCUUUGCUGACCAAGGCGGCGGCCCACCGGCUGGGCUGCAUGGGCUCGGAGGGCGGGGAGAGCGCGGUGGUCCGCCACCCCUUCUUCGCCAGCAUCGACUGGGAGAAGCUGGAGCGCCGAGAGCUGGAGCCCCCCUUCAAACCCAAGAUCAAAACGACGGAAGAUGUGAACAACUUUGACCCUGACUUUACGCAAGAGGAGCCCACGCUGACCCCCAUUGACGACCCGCUCAUCCCCUCCAACCACCUCAACGAGUUCCAUGACUUCUCCUUCACCUCCUCGGAAAUACUGCAGAAAUAGGAGUUUCUGAAGGACCCAUGGGACCACCUGCUCUGCUGGGAUCCAGGUUCUCUGCUGGGAUCCAGGUUCUCUGCCAGGUCCACGGACUGAGCGUAGUCCGCGGACCUGGUGUUCCACGUGGGCAGACCUCCAGAGUCUAAGAACUAAUCAAUAAGUGGAUACGACCCCCAAUGUGGACUGGACUGAACAAGGGAAAGGCUUUCUCAACAGAAACUAUGCUCGCUGUUAUCUCUGUGUCUCGAACACUUCAGAUGUAUUUUUUUACCAUUUCCUUUAUACAUCCUCUAUUCAACUUAAUCUUUGAAAAGACAUGGUGAAUGCCUUUAUUUUGUGCGCUUGUAUUGAAUGUAGAAUGGCCUUGUGGAUCCCAUUGUUGGUGCCCGCUGAAAGAGAAUCUGUAAUAUCUGUGCCAGAUGUCAUGUCAAGCACCAGGAAAACAGAUGUAUUUAAACUGUGACCAAACUUGCAGUUCCUUGUAAAUUGUAGUCAUCGGUGAAUGGAUUUGCUUCCAGUUGAAUCCCUGGACAUUUUUGUGGGAACUGUUUUAUUUUUUGCCAAUUGAGAAGCCUGUUGAAUUUCAGGAGGCACAGACUCCUUAGCAUAUGAAAUAGUGUCACAUUUGUUCCGUAUGUAAAUACAAAAAAUGGUCUCUCUCUCUCUUUCUCGCUCUCUCUCUGCGUGAUAUCAUUUAAAACAGACUGAUAAAUCCUUAUCCUAAUUGCCAGUUGGCAGCUAUCUCCGUGACUACAACUGUCUUUACGAGAACAGACCAGUCGUAAGAUGAUGCAACAGUUGUGAAAUAACAGAAAGUUUGUUGCUGUGAUCCUGCAAUCAAUAUCAUCCGUUUGUCUGCCAAGUUCGCUCAGCAGUCGUUUCUUCUGCACCUCACCUUUUAAUAUUUGACCUCAGAUGACACAACAGCUAUCGUCUGGUGGAGCUAUCAAAGGCUGUUUGAGUCUCAAACCAGGAGGAGGAAACCGGAAACCGCCCUGCGUCACGGCGACCACUUGAACCGGCAACAGGAAGUCGUUACAGGAAGGGGGAUCUUGCAGUUUUGCAAGACAGUAACGUCAGAUAGUGUGUGAUCGUCUGCCAUAAGAGGCAUUCAGGAGGAGAGAAUCGCCCCGGACAGCAUGAACAAUGAACAAUGGCCUCUGUUGACCCGGCCCAGAUGCCCACGCCGAGUUUGGGAAGACUUCAGUCCUAAUGUCUGGCAGUUCCUUAUUCUGGUGGAUAACUUUCACUUUAGUAGAUUAAAUAUUAAAGCCAGGAAGCAAAAGACCAACCCUUCAUACACAGAAAGAUAACAGUUCAAGUUGUCUCUGUCUCUGUCCACUAUCGGGCUGAAUAUAGGAAUGAGUGAACAGGCCUACGAUUUCUUCCAUUAACGGUAUUUGGUCGUACUAGGCAUUAAAUGCAGUUUUUCAUUGCUGGAAGUCCACACUGACCGCUUGGUCAACCCCCAAAUUAAAUAAAUAAAUAAAAAACA